AUGGAGUACUUCAACCUUACCCUGCCGGUAUUCACUCAGGCAGACGUUGACGCUCUGUUUGCUGGCAACUACACGGAUCCGCAGGUGCACGGCCCAGGCCAGUGGGCCAGCCUUCAUGUCAUCUUGGCUGUCGCCUACAUGCUUCCAUCCACAACAGGUCGGCCUGAUCAUCAGACUAGCGCGCUCUUUAUGAAGGGUGCCUUGCAGGCCAUUAAUGAGAUUCUACUAGCACCCCCUGAUCUCUGGGCAUGCAAAUCUACAUUAGUGAUGGCUGUUUUGUUCUUGUCAUUGUCUGCUGCUCACCCUUGCAGUUCGCUCAUUGCCAUUUCUGUGCAAAUCUGCAACCAAUUAGAUCUAGGCAAUUCGGAAGCCCUGCGAUGUUCUGUCGAAGAAAGGCAGAGUCGAGAUUUGCUCUUCUGGAUGGUCUGUGCAAUGGAUAAUGAGAUAUCUUAUCGAUUCGGGGUUCCCCCAGCACAGAAAGAAGACAUAGUUGGGGAGGCGUUGCAUAUCAGUUCUCCCUCAAGCGCUUACAGCGUACCAAUACGGAACGACUCGGAUACCUUCAAUCUCUUCCAUCCCACUGCCGAGCUUGUGCAAAUCAGGAGCCAGAUUGUUCGACAGUUGUAUCUAGCCUCCGCGGUCAACAAACCUUUCGACCAGUUACUGGCUCUGACGGGUGAUUUCGACCAAAAGCUGCAGGCGUGGUUGCGCAAACUUCCUCGCGAACUGCAGCCUGGGUCCGGAGCAUCCCCACCAUUCCGAAAAAUGCCCGUGUUCCCGACUCUUCUGUUUAUUCAUUAUGCCUAUUAUGACUGUAUGAUUGCUAUCCACUCUUUGGUGGCCAUGAGAGAAGUCAACACCGCGCAGGAUCUUCUUGGCGGGCUCAGCCUUUCCGCCUCACCCGGAUUUGCCGACAACCCUCGGGUCCUGCUUUCCACGUCGCUCAUGUCUAAGGCUGCAAGAGCAUCCCUCGCCUUGUUGAAAUACUUACCACGGGAUGAUAUCAAUCUCGGUAUCGCCUAUCACUACCCUUCUGUCGCGAUGAAAACGCUCGCUUCAAGCAUUAUACGCAACCCGCGGCCCGCCUCGGAGAUAUAUAACCUGAAAAUUCUCCACCAAGCAGAAUCGUAUUUAUCGCAAACUGCACGCGAUUCGACCCAAGAAGCAAUCCGGCGCUUGUCCAAGGCUUGCGCGGACUGCUGCGCGGUCGCUCAACGGGCCAUCGAUGCUGCAUAA